AUGGUCACCCGCGCCCAGGUCCAACACUCCAACGCCGCCCUUACAUCCCGAACCGCGCCCCGAACGGCCGUCUUCCUAGGCGGCACGUCAGGCCUCGGCAAGCUCACCCUCAUCGAGCUGGUGUCCCUCGGCUUUCCCAUACGGGUCUACAUCGCCGGCCGCAAAGCCACGGAGCCGGCGAUGAGACCCGUGCUCGAGGACCUGCGGCAGAAGAACCCGCGUGCCGAGCUGGUUUGGGUCGAGGCCGAGGUCUCGUUGCUGGCAGAGACGAGAAGGGUUUAUACUGCGGAAGGGAUAGAUGUCUGCCAUUCCCUGGAGUACUACUCCCGCAUGCUCGCAACCCUCCACCUCCUCCCCCUCCUCCGCGCCUCCGCCUCCGCAUCCUUAUCCUCCCCCGGCCCAAGCCCCUCCCCGCGCGUCCUCACCGUCCUGGCAGGCAGCAUGCUCUCCACCCGCAUCGACGCAACAGACCUCAACCUCACCCGCUCGUCCCCCAGCAACACCAACAGCAGCAGACUCUUCGGCUUCAAGACGCAGACGCACAUGUCAAUCAUGAACACCCUCUUCCUAGACAGGCUCGCCUCCGACCCGGCCAACGCGGGGGUUUCUUUUGUCCAUAAUUGGCCUGGCGCCGUGGACACGGGGAACAUGGCGCGGUAUCACACGCCGACGUGGUGGAGUCCGUUCCCGCUGACGAAUUUGCUGAAGCCGUUGUUUUUGGUGAUGGGGUUUGAGGAGAGGGAGGCGGGUGAGAGGCAUGUUUAUUUGGCGACUUGUGGGAGGUUUGGUGGGAAACCGAAAGGGGAAAAGGAGGGGGACGGGAAGGAGAAAGGAUCUUCGCUAGCUAUAUACUUCACAGAGCAAGGGUCCUUCAUCAAGUUCUGA